GCGCUACAAAAAAUCUCUAACUACUGUGUACUCUGUCAAUGUCAACCGCUGUCAAUUCAUAACCCGGCAGCAUUAGUCGUCAGUUUUAAAACAACUCUUCGUUUAUUUAAUUCACGAAAACAUUACAAAAUGAGUUUUGCAUUGCCUUCAGUUAAACCAAAGCCCCAAUUGGGCAAUGUGGGCUUUAACUCUGAAGACCCCAAUUUUGAGGUGCCUAAUAUGAUGAUGAGUGGUUUCUCAGCUGUAGCUCAAACUACCAUUGAACAUCCACUUAUUCAGUCUGAAAGAAUUUACCACAAACAUCAACAGAACAUGAACCAUGUUGUUCUUCGCAACACUCAAGGUUUACAUGCUCCACUGAGACUUAAUAUGGAGCUGAAAUCUGCAAAGAAGGUUGGUCACCUACCCUUCCUACAGAGGCACAAUGUGAUGUUGGACAGUUUGACUGGCAGGGAUAUUGAAAUUGGUCCUGAGGAUAUUUUCAAUUCAGCUGAGUUUUCUGAAGCUAUGGGUCAGCCACAUGCAAUGGUUGAGAAGCAGUUGGGUAUUCUAUAAGCAGUUUUAAUGUAUCUGUUUUUCUAAAAUUAAACUAUGAUAAGAUUGAAAAAUGUAUAAGGAAAAUAAACUUAAUCUUCUUAAGUAA